AUGUCUAAGUACAGCACCACUUCCGACGCCGCCUCUGUGGCCACCACUACCUCCCUCGCCAGCCGCAUCACCAUACUGAAGGAUAAGAUUCACUCGUCGUCCGCCCAUAAAUCCAACAAGGGCAGCAACAGUGGCAGCAAGCAAGCGACAGAGAGCAGGAAGAAGCAGGAUGUGCUUCGCAACCAGAUCCGCAUGGGUAUCUGA